AUGUCUGAUCCGCGCGACGAGCUACAAUCCGCACUCCAUGAUCUGGCCAUUGGCGAGAAAGGACCAAGGCAGGAUGUGUCGCGACCAUACCUGAACAAGGCUGCCAUGCCGACAUCUAUCCCAUCCACAUCGAAGCCGAAAAAGACCGCCGCCACACCCGUCGCGGACUCUUGGGAAGACGAGGUCGACCUGUCCUCAGGCGACGAGCCCACCCCAAACGCCGACGAGGCGUCCUCCGCUGUGCUCUCGCCUACAAUCAGCGGAGAGGGCCCGCUGGAUCCUCCGCCCACGCCUAUCUCGCCGCAGAACUCGGAUCCGUGGAUUGCUGCAAGGUCUGCAUCCCCCGCUGCGGGGCAGAACAGUCCGGCCCGUCGGCCUGAGAAGCAGACUGCUGUGGCAGGCCGACUGAUCGCCGGUGCGCUCGGGAUUCGGGCGCCGAAGCGCACUGAGGAGCAGCGCGCUUAUGACCGGUCUGUGAAGGAGCAGGAGAUCAGGCGCCGGAAUCGGGAGCGCGAAGAGCAGGCGAAGGCGAAGGAGGAGGAAGAGCGGGUCAAGGCUUCGGUUUGGACUGAUUAG